AUGACGAACAAGCACUCGUCGUCAGCGCCGACGUCGAUGACGGUCGCCAAGGCUCGCCCGCGCGCUGGUGAACCCCGUCGUAUUCUCGUCACCGGCGGUGCCGGGUUCGUCGGCUCGCACCUCGUCGACGCCCUCAUCGCUCGAGGAGACCACGUCAUGGUGAUGGACAACUUUUUCACGGGUGCGCACCGGAAUCUCGAGCACUUGUCACAGAACGACGGACUGGUGAGAAGUGGGAGAUUCGAAAUCAUUCGACACGACGUCGUGCAGCCGUUUCUUGUCGAGGUGGAUGAGGUCUAUCACCUCGCGUGCCCGGCGUCGCCGAUUCACUACAAGUUCAACCCAGUGAAAACGAUCAAGACGAACGUGAUCGGAACCCUCAAUGCGUUGGGACUGGCCAAGAGGUGCAAGGCGAAAUUCCUACUGACGUCGACGUCAGAGGUGUACGGCGACCCACUCGAGCACCCGCAAAAGGAAUCGUACUGGGGAAACGUUAAUCCGAUCGGUGAGCGCGCGUGUUAUGACGAGGGAAAGCGAUGUGCCGAGACACUCGCGUUUGACUAUCAUCGCGAACACGGCUUGGACAUUCGCGUGGCGCGAAUUUUCAACACGUACGGACCGCGAAUGGCCAUGGACGACGGGCGCGUGGUGUCGAAUUUCGUCGCUCAGGCGCUCCGAGGAGAUAAGCUCACCGUCUACGGCGACGGUUCGCAGACGCGCUCGUUUCAGUACGUCUCUGAUCUGGUCGCCGGACUCAUCGCGCUCAUGGACAACGAAGACGGCUUCAUCGGACCCGUCAACUUGGGGAAUCCCGGCGAGUUCACCAUGAACGAGCUGGCAGAAAAGGUACGCGAGAUCGUGAAUCCCGCGGCAGAGAUCGAGUACUGCGAAAACACCGCUGAUGAUCCCAGUCGAAGGAAGCCCGAUAUUUCCGUCGCGCGAGAAAAGUUGCGCUGGGAACCCAAGGUCACGCUGGACGAGGGAUUGCGCUUGAUGGUAGAUGACUUUCGUGCGCGAGUGGAGGCGUGUGCGAAGCGCGCGAAAACGACGCGAUGA